AUGUGGGUUUUUCUUCCGGGUUGAGAUAAUGGCGUGUUGCUGAACAACAUGUGAGUUUUGGUAUUCACAAGCCGGAGAUAUAAUACAUCUGAAACAACAUAAAAACAUGGCAUCUGUGGAGGAGGACUUCCCUCGAGGAGGGGCAUCAAAGAAGGCCACUGAGAGUAAAAUAAUGGUGCAGAGGACAGAAGUGGACAACUUGUUCCAGUCAAACGAGCAAGCAGAAACUAAGAAAAGAAAGGGGGCAGUCAGAGAUGACGGCAAGAAGCUCAAGAAGCCAAAGACGGUCAAAGACAAAAGUCUGACGUUGAAUGCAGCAGCCAAGUGUGUGGAAAUUCUACACAUCAAGAAUAUUAAGGAGGGUAUGCUGAUGCUGGGCUGUGUGAAGGAGGUAACAGACUUUGAGGUGACAGUCGGCCUGCCUUGUGGCCUGCAAGGCUUCCUCAGCAUCAAAAACAUCUGUGACUCGUACACCAAGCUGCUCACCGAGUUGCUGGAUUCAGCUGAUACAGAGGAGAUCUGCUCUCUGCCACACCUCUUCUACACUGGCAUGGUGUUCAGGUGUGUGGUUGCCAAGUUGGAUGUAGCCAAAGGAGGCUCUCUUAGCAUACAGCUGUCAAUCAAUCCAAAGCUGGUCAACAAGGGACUCACCUCAAGUUCUCUGAAAGCUGGCAUGGUCUUGAGUGGAUGUGUGGAGAGUGUGGAGGAUCAUGGCUACAUAGUUGACAUUGGCAUCAAUGGAACCAAAGCUUUCCUGCCUAAGAAAGCAGCAAAAGACGCGGAAGAGCUGAAAGUGGGUCAGUAUGUGAGUUCUCAAAUGGAAGAAGUAAAGAAUGAUGGCCGUGUAGUCCGCCUUUCUGUCAGCCCCUCGACUGUCGCCCAGGCCUGUGCUGAAUCCAAGCAGGGCUGGAACCUCACUAACCUUCUGCCUGGUCUUCUGGUCAAAGCCACGAUCAAAAAGGUGACCAAACAUGGUCUGAUCCUGGACUUCCUGUCCUCCUUUAGCGGCCAGGUGGACUUUCUCCACAUGGAGCCAGAAGAGGCAUCCAGCUACAUCGAGGGAGCUGAGGUGCGAGCCUGUGUGCUGUAUGUGGAGCCAUCCACCCGUCUGGUGGCCCUGAGCCUGCGCAGCUACCUCGUCCAGCCCGGGACCAGAGUUGACCCCUCUCCUGCUGGUGGUGACCGCAUUGGUGAAGUGGUGACGGACUGCAAGAUGACCACUAUGCACCACAUGUCAGGAGCCAUGUUGGAACUGCCAGACAAAACGUUGGCCUUUGUACAUAGGAACCACCUGAAGGAGUCUAAUGAGCCAGCUAAUGAAAACAGAGUGCUGGCCAUGUCUGAACACACCUGCAGGAUCCUGGACUUCAGCCCCAUGGACCAGAUUCAUUUUGUUAGUCUGCGCAAGAGUGUGAUUGAGAGGCCUUUUUUUAGAUAUCAGGAUCUUCAGGCUGGUCAGUAUGUUGAGGGGACAGUGUCGGUCCUGCUGAAUCAUGGCAUGGUGGUGCAUUUGUCUGACCACAUUAAAGGCCUGGUGCCCCGGACCCACCUGUCUGACAUCCUCCUCAAGAACCCAGAGAAGAAGUACAUGGAGGGCAUGAAGAUCAAAUGUCGGGUGCUGUCAGUAGAUGCAGAGAAUAAGAAGCUGUACCUGACCAGAAAGAAGGCCCUGGUUGAAAGCUCCCUGCCAUUGUUCCUCAGCUAUUCUGAUGCCCGUCCUGGCCGCGUGUCCCAUGGUUACAUCGUCUGCAUCAAAGACUUUGGUUGCAUCGUCCGUUUCUACAACAACGUCAAGGGUCUUGUGCCUGUCAAUGAGCUCAGCUCAGAGCCCAUCAUCAGUCCUGAGGACAUCUUCUAUGUGGGUCAGGUGUUAAAGACCAAAGUUCUUCAGUGUGACCCCGACAAGGCGAAGAUGGUGCUUUCAUUUAAAGCGGCGGUGGAGGGAGACACUGAGGAAGCUGCCAAGCCCCACUUUGACUGUGAGGUGGGGAAGAGGCUACAGGCCAGGGUGCUAAAAAAGUCAGUCAACGGUCUGGAGGUGGCCAUCCUCCCUGAUGAGAUCCGUGCCGUACUACCCACAGUGCACCUUUCUGAUCACAUGUCCAACUGCCCUCUGCUGUGGGAGAGCCUGCAGGAGGGAGACAACAUCUCGAACCUCAUCUGCUUCAGCAAGAACAAACAGAAUAUCAUCCUCACCAAGAAACCAACAGUGAGAUGGUCAAUGGAGGAAGGAGUGGUUGCCAAGGAUUUCUCUGAAAUCACGGUUGGAAUGCAGCUGAUUGGCUGGAUCAAGAACAUCAUGUCCUAUGGCGUCUUUGUAGAGUUCCCCUACGGCCUUGUUGGUCUUGCACCCAAGUCGGCCAUGACCGACAAGUUCGUCAGUGAUGCGACGACUGCCUUCCAGCUGGGCCAGACGGUGUAUGCUAAAGUGACCAACCUGGAUGAGGAAAAACGUCGUUUCCUGGUCACGCUGAAGAUUUCAGAGGUCAUAUGUCCAGAGGGUGAUGCCCAGACGAGGCUCAUUAAUGGUCUGCAGGAGAGAAGAGCUUUGACUGAAAUGUUAGCUAUGAGAGAAAACAGUGAUCUUCGGCAGCAGCUGGCUGCUCUGUCUGUUGGUCAGAAGCUGAAGCUGACUGUAGAUACUGCGAAGGACAGCAGUGCCACCUUUAAGUCAGAUGAUUUGGUCAGUGCUACCAUACUGGCCACCAAGCACCAUGUCAUGGGAGUUAACUUGACCCCAGGACAGAAAGUUACUGCGGUCGUCCUCCAUGUCGACAUCCUCUCAACACGUGUCCACGUAUCCAUCCUUUCCAAGCUGGUGGGGAAAAAGAAAUCUUUAACUGAAGGAUCAAAGUACACAGCGACGGUGCAGCACACCGACAAAGACUUUGCUGUCAUCUCACUGGCUGAUACGGCACAGCUGACUGUGAUCCAAACUAGCAGCCACCUGAAUGAGAUUUUUCUGUCCGAGUCAGAGAUGGUGAAGGCGGGGAUGAGUUUGGCCGUUGAGGUCAUAGAACCCAGCUGUCAGGAAGUGCAGGGGCUGCCUCUGGUGUCGUGGGCGCGCAGUGGACCAAAACGACAGCGCACCACCUCUGAAAACCAGACGUCCUCUAAGGGUCACCGCUUUGGUGAAAUCGUGCAGGGUAAAGUGCGGACAGUGAAGCCUACCUCCAUUCAGGUCACACUAGAAGAUGGAAGCACAGGCAGCGUGCACGUGUCUGAGGUGGUGGAGGUUUCAGAAGCAUGUCAGAGAUCCUUCCCCACAUCCUCCGUUAAAGUGGGCAGUGUGGUCACCGCCAGGGUCAUCGGGGGACGAGAAGCCUCUAGUCACAGAUUCCUGCCCUUCUCCCAUCCCAAAUUCACAUACACCAUUCCUGAGCUCACACUGAUACCCAGCAAACUGGAUGCGAGUGCAGAUUUAAAACCAGUUACAGCAAAAGAAAAACUAAACAGCUACAAGGUCGGGGAAGAAAUUACAUGCUUUGUAUCAAAGUUUAAUCCAGAGAGGAAGUCUUUGGAGGUCAGCACUGAUCCUUGUGUUACUGGGACAGUUGAACUGCUGGCCAUAAUCACUGAUCCAAAAGAUGCCAGCCACCCAGAGAAGCUGUACAAGCUGGGCCAAGCUGUCCAUGCCAAAGUCGUGGAAGUGAACUCCAAACCUCAACGCCUUGUGCUGUCCCUCACAGGUGUCCAUAAACUGGAGACAGGCAGUGUUACUUUGGGGAUGGUGACUAAUAUUCAGCCACAAGUUGGCCUUCUGGUCAAACUUCCCUUUGGCGGCAUGGGGACUGUUUGCGUUACUGACCUGGCUGACGCCUACAGGCCAAACCCUCUGGACGGAUACAGCAAGGAUCAGCUGCUCCGGUGUUUCCUUCUCGGGAGUGAAAACGGCAGGUGGGCGCUGUCUCUACGUCCAACAAGACUGAAUCCGCAGCAGGCCAAGCCAGCGAAGGACCCGGAAGUUUUGUCUGUAGACAAACUGAAGGCAGGCCAGAUCAUCAGAGGCUACGUCAAGUCUGUGGGAGAGCAAGGGGUCUUCAUCAGGUUAUCAAAGAGUAUCACAGGAAGAGCCCAACUUCAGCAGUCUACCAAGUACUUUGUCAGCAACCACAAGGUCCUCUCUGAGCACCUGCCUCCCAACACCCUGCUCACUACCAAGAUCCUCAGUAUUGACAAAAAGGAGGUGUUGGUCAACCUCUCUCUGCUCCCAGUGGACACUGGGAAGCCAGACGUCCUUCCAGAAUCUCUCGGUCUGCCGCUGCGUCUGAUCGGAGAGGACAAGAAGAAACAUGAUACUAAGAAGAAGAAACGCACGCUGUCUGAGAGCGAAGAGAAACAAGCAGAGUCCCAGGUACCAAAAAAGAAGAAGAAGAAAACAAAGAAAGCAAAGACUGAUGGCAAUGACAGUGGAGUGGAGGUGUUCUUCAGAGAAGAGGAGGAUGAAGAAGAACCCAAAUCCGAUUCUGUAAAACAGGUGAGUCGCAACUCAGUGGGUCCUUCCAGACUGCAGGUGGCAGCAGGUUUCUCCUGGGAUGUGGGACUGAGCUCCCUGAAGCCUGCUUCUGCUGCGCCGGAGGGGGACUUCAGUGACGGAGAGGACCAAGAUGGAAGCAGCAAGCCCCAGAAGAAGUCUCGUCAUGAGCUUGAGCAAGAGAAGAAGGCAGCAGAGAAGGCCCUGGUACAGCGGGAGGCCGAGCUUAUGGAUCCGACCCUGCAGCCCCAGGAUGCAGCUGCCUUUGAGCGCCUGCUGCUUGCCACACCCAACAGCUCCCUGCUUUGGCUCCAGUACAUGGCUCACCAUCUGCAGGCCACCCAGAUCGAGCAGGCCCGCACUGUGGCAGAGAGGGCCCUCAAAACCAUUUCCUUCAGGGAAGAGCAGGAGAAGCUGAAUGUGUGGGUGGCCCUGCUGAACCUGGAGAACAUGUACGGCACAGAGGAGAGCCUGAAGAAAGUGUUUGAGCGGGCGCUACAGUUCUGUGAGCCCAUGCCUGUGUACCAGCAGCUGGCUGACAUCUACGCAAAGUCUGACAAGACCAAGGAGGCGGAGGGCCUGUAUAAGACGAUGGUGAAGCGUUUCCGUCAGAAUAAAGCAGUGUGGCUGAGUUACGGGACCUUCCUGCUCCAGCAGGGUCACAGUGAUGCUGCCAGUGCUCUCCUGCAGAGGGCGCUGAAGAGUCUGCCCUCCAAAGAAAGUGUGGAUGUCAUCGCUAAGUUUGCGCAGCUGGAGUUCCGUUAUGGUGAUGCUGAGAAAGGUCGCACUAUGUUUGACAAAGUCCUGACGAGCUACCCGAAACGUACAGACCUCUGGUCCGUCUUCAUCGACCUUAUGGUCAAAUAUGGAUCACAGAAGGAAGUCAGGGCGCUCUUUGAUCGUGUGAUCCACCUGAGUGUUUCAGUGAAAAAGAUCAAGUUCUUCUUCAAGCGCUACUUAGAGUAUGAGAAGAAGCAUGGCACGCCGCAGAGCAUCCAGGCAGUCAAAGAGAAGGCCAUUGAGUUUGUGGAAGCUAAAGGCACAGAGGCUGCCAACUAAAUGACCCAAUACACACAAAAAUACACACACUGUGUAUGUGUGUUGACUGCAGUGUGGUAAACUCGGUCUGAGCCUCACACCUGUGAGGAAAAAAGUUUGUGACUCUGGACACUCAUGCAGUCUCCUCCUGAAAAUGAUCUUAGUUUGUAAUUUAGCUUUUUUUAUUGAUGUGGACUAAGGGGUUGAACCGGAAAGUCUGGGUUUGAUGCUGUAAUUUUGCAGAACACAACAAACCUUUUGUAAAAUGGGUUGUAAUCAUCUAUAAAUGUUAAAAGAAAAUCAACUUCAUUUUAUUCAAUUUUGUAUGAGACCAAGUGUGAGCAAUGAAGAGAAUAUCAAUAAAUCAAACACUGUUACCAUA